UCCUCGUGGCGGCCAUUUUGCUGCUCUCGGGUGUGCCGGGGCGGGACUGAAGUGACGGAACUGUCAAGGUGCAGAAGUCGUUGUACCCACGGCAGAGAGGCGGGCCCGCGGGUGGCGACGCCGCCCGGGCUGCCCCGCGGCGGGGCCGGGACGGGGACCGCCGGCCCGGGUGUCCGCUCCGCCCACAGAGUCCGAUGGCGGCGGCCGCGCCCAGGGACCCGGCUCAGGAUAGUGUGACCUUUGAGGACAUUGCUGUGUACUUCUCCUGGGAGGAGUGGAGGCUCCUUGAUGAGGCUCAGAGAUGCCUGUACCACGAUGUGAUGCUGGAGAACUUUACACUUAUAUCCUCACUGGGUUGCUGCUGUGGAGCAGAGGAUGCGGAGGCACCCUUUGCACAGGGCACUUCUGUAGGCGCGUCACAGGCCGGGACGCCCACGGCAGCUGUGUCUUCCCGGAAGACCCACCCCUGUGAGAUGUGUGGUCCAGUCUUGAGAGACAUUUUCCACUUGGCUGAACACCAGGGAAAAGAAAACAGCCAGAAACUGUUAAGGUGUGGGGCGUGUGGGAAACGAUUUUAUUGCAGUGCAAAGUUUCAACAGCAGCAGGAGCAGCACGUGGGAGAGAAACCGUUUAGAUGCAGUGUGGACAAGGCAUCUUUUGUGAAGAGCUGCAGAAUCCAUGAUUCAGGAAAGCCGUCUACCUGUGGAGAGGUUGAGAAGAACUUCCUGUCUGGCUCAAGGCAGCUGCAGCAAGAGGCCACUCACACUGGGGAGAAACCACACACGAUCACCCAGUGCAGGGCAACUUUACAAAGCAGAAAAAGUUAUCAUACCUGGGGAGAAUGCAAGAAAGCCUUCAGUCCCAAACACACGCUUGUUCAGGACCACUGUUUUGUGUGCAGUGAAUGUGGGAAAACAUUCAGGUACAAAUCUUCAUUUGCUAUACACCAGAGAUUCCAUACUGGAAAAAGACAUUAUGAGUUUGGUGAAUGUGAAAAAUCCCUUAGGCAGAGCUCAACCCUCAGUCAACAUGGAAAGACUCACACUGGGUCCAGGCAAUACAAGUGCAGCAGAUGUGGGAAAUCCUUCAGCCACAAAUCUGUCCUCAUUUAUCCCCAGAGAUGGCACAAUGGAGAAAACAGUUAUGUGUGCAGUGAAUGUGCAGGAUCUUUUAGCCAUAGCUCAGUGUUGAUUCCAUGUAGAGUUCAAACUGGUGAAAGGCCUUAUAAGUGUAGUGACUGUGCAAAAUCUUUCACCUCUAUCUCUGCCCUCAGUUAUCAUCAGAGAUCGCACACAGGGGAGAGGCCUUAUGAAUGCAGUGAAUGUGGGAAAUCUUUUAUCUCUAGAUCUGACCUCCGUUAUCAUCAAAGAGUUCAUUCUGGAGAAAGGCCUCAUGAAUGCAGUGAAUGUGGGAAGUCUUUUAUCACUCGUACUGCUCUCCGUUAUCAUCACAGAGUUCACACUGGAGAAAGGCCUUACGAGUGUAGUGAAUGUGGCAAGUCCUUUACUCGAAGAAAUAACCUCAUUAUACACCUAAGAGUUCACUCAGGUGAAAGACCUUAUGCGUGUAGUGAAUGUGGGAAAUCUUUCACCUUUAGCUCCAGCCUGCGUUACCACCACAGAGUUCACACUGGAGAAAGGCCUUACGAGUGUAGUGAAUGUGGAAAAUCUUUUAACAAUAGGUGGACACUCAUUCGACACCGGAGAAUUCACACAGGAGAAAAGCCUUAUGUUUGUAGUAAAUGUGGGAAAUCUUUUACCUGUAGCUCCACACUCCAGUAUCAUCAUCGAGGUCACCUUGGAGAAAGACCUUAUGAAUGUAGUGAAUGCGGGAGAUCUUUUACCACUAGUUCUGCCCUCCGUUAUCACCAGAGAGUUCAUACUGGGGAAAGGCCUUAUGAGUGUAAUGAAUGUGGGAAAUCUUUUAUUUCUAGGUCAGACCUCCAUUAUCAUCAUAGAGUUCAUUCUGGAGAAAGGCCUUAUGAGUGUAGUGAAUGUGGGAAAUCCUUUAUCCGAAGAAAUAACCUCAUUUUACAUCAGAGAGUUCACACUGGAGAAAGGCCUUACAAGUGUAGUGAAUGUGGGAAAUCUUUUAACAAUAGGUGGACGCUCAUUCAGCACCAGAGAGUUCACACGGGAGAAAAACCGUAUGUGUGCAGUGAAUGUGGGAAAUCUUUUACCUGUAGCUCCACACUCUGUUACCAUCAAAGAGUUCAUGAAGGUAAAAGGCCUUAUGAAUGCAACGAAUGUGGUAAAUCUUUUACCUCCAGUUCCACUCUCCGCUAUCAUCAGAGAGUUCACACAGGAGAACGGCCUUACAAGUGCAGUGAAUGUGGGAAAUCUUUUACCUUUAGUGCCAGCCUUCGUUAUCAUCACAGAGUUCACAGUGGAGAAAGGCCUUAUGAGUGCACUGAAUGUGGAAAAUCCUUUAAGGAUAGAUCACAAUUCAAUAAACACCGGAGAACUCACACAGGAGAAAGGCCUUAUGAGUGCAGUGAAUGUGGAAAGACUUUCAGCCAAAAAUCUUCCCUAUCAAUACACCAGAGAAUUCAUAAUAGCGAACGGUCUUAUGAGUGUAGUGCCUGUGGGAAAUCUUUUACAUCUGUCUCUGGCCUUGGUUAUCACCAUAGAGUUCAUAGGGGAGAAAAGCCUUAUCAGUGCAGUGAAUGUGGGAAAUCUUUUACCAAUAGCUCAAUACUGAUUCGGCACCAGAGAGUUCACACAGGAGAAAGACCUUACGUGUGCAGUGAAUGUGGAAAAUCUUUUACCAGUAGCGCUACCCUCUCUUAUCAUCAGAGAGUUCAUGCAGGUAAAAGGCCUUAUGAAUGCAGUGAAUGUGGGAAAUCAUUUACGUCCAGUUCCACCCUUCGUUAUCAUCAGAGAGUUCAUGCAGGAGAUAGACCGCAUGGGUGUAGUGAGUGUGGGAAAUCUUUUAUCUCUAGCUCCAAACUACGUUAUCAUCAGAGAGUUCACACAGGAGAAAGACCUUAUGAGUGCAGUGAAUGUGGAAAAUCCUUCAGGGAUAGUUCCCAAUUCAGUCAACACCGGAGAGGUCAUACUGGAGAAAGGCCUUAUGAGUGCAGUGAAUGUGGGAAAUUUUUUACACGAAAGUCUACCCUCUCUCAACAUCAAAGAGUUCACAGUAGAGAAAGGCCUUAGGUGUGCAGGGAAUGUGCAAUUUCCUAUUCACUGUAACAACACCGGAGGGAACUCUGAGGAGCCAUCUCUCUGAACUGAAUCUCAGACAUCUAAACAUGCACAGUGGGAGAUCCCUUGUAAGUUUCAGUAAUGUUGUAGGCUUGUGUAAAUAUGUUGCACUUUCUAAACUGUCCAGGGCUCUCUAAAUUUAGCCCACUGCUAGAUUUUUUUUUAAAAGAUUUUAUUUAUUUAUUUGACAGAGAUAGAGACAGCCAGCGAGAAAGGGAACACAAGCAGGAGGAGUGGGAGAGGAAGAAGCAGGCUCAUAGCAGAAGAGCCUGAUGUGGGGCUCGAUCCCAGAACUCCGGGAUCACGCCCUGAGCCGAAGGCAGACACUUAACCGCUGUGCCACCCAGGCGCUCCCCACUGCUAGAUUUUGUGACCAAAGCCUUUCACCUCUCCUGCCUGGGAGGUCCGCAAAGUGUGCAGCAGUCACCUCCACGGAGUAUUCAGGGAAGCUGACCUUUGUUCUCUUAUGAGUUAGAACAGGGUAGGAGUAACCUGAGCCCUUAGGGUCAGUUUCCCCAUCUCCUUAACUACCUUGGGUAUGGACCUGAAUCACUGAUGACCCAGGGUUUAUGAGUUUGGCUGGCAGCUUACAGAGAAUGACUGCCUUUUUCAGGGACGUGUUAGUCUCAUGUGACACUUGUGAUGAGUUUUUCCAGCUUCCAAGUCCCAAACAGUAAUUGUCUGCCACACAUUGCUUUGGCUUAUGUGGUGAUCAAGGCCUUACUCUUUAAGUCCUCUUUCAUCUUGGAUGCUGUACUUACUCUGUGGGGUAGUUUAUGUAUGGAUAUGGGCUCAGCAAGCAUCGCUGGGUGAACUUUUUAGGAGUCUCAGAUUGCCUGUGCUUGAGGAGGGGGAGGAGGAUGGUAGAAAAUAGCUUGCCAGUUUUGACCAAAUUUGCAUUGCUGCCCCACGACCUCUGAAAAAGUCCAGGGCUUUCUGGUUUUCAUUUGAGAUCUUGAUGCUUUGUGUUUUAGGAGUCUCAGUGAUGACCCCAAGGAGGGGGCAAGUGUGAAACCCUCAGAUGCUUCUGAAAAGAGCAUGAAUUUUUUUUCCCUUACUCAAAGGAGAUACCACAGGGGAUGUCAGCACUGUUGAGGGAUUAUCUUUCCCAGCUUUACAAACAGCCAUGUGCCCUGAUGUCCACAGUCUUAUUGGGCUAGUGUUACUGGUUAUAAGACCACAGUGGGCAAAGGAAACCAUAAUUGGUACAGAAACACUGGCUUAAUAGGAAGUGGAGGAGACUGCAGCCAACUAGAUGCAAUGUGCCUCUUCUAAAAAUGGAUCCCGACAAGUUUCUGUGACAGUGACUGCAGAAUCAGUGUGUAUACAAAUCUCAGGACAUCCAGGCAUAUUUAUCUUGUGUGGGUAAAGUCGUUAUCAGAGAAAAAAAUAAAAACUAAAAUAAUCAAAAGUUCUGUGGUUUCCUGUCAGUGCUGUCUGCCUCAAAGCCACUACCACACUGGUGGGAAAAAAGAUAAAGGAGGAUCUGUAUUCCUGAGAUAUGGCACUUAUGACCCAGGAAGCAUUCCUGUUCAUUAUAUGGAAAUAUUCUUCAUUGUUGUCCACAUUUGCUGCCCCUGAGGUAAUAUCCCCACAGGCAUGAGAAAGAGAAAUGGAGUCAGUGUGGGGUUGUCAAACCUACUUUACAAAAAGAGUGGGACAUAGAUAUUUUAUCUUGAGCCAUUUUUAAGGCUUUAUUGAGGUAUAGUUUAUAUGUACUAACCUGCAUAUAUUUACAGUAUAAUUUGGUAAGUUUUGACAUAGUUACAAACUUCUGAAAUCAUCAUCAUGGUCUCAGUAAUGACCAUAUCUGUGACAUUAUGUUUACCUCAUGUCCUUUUAUAAUCUCCCUUGCCCCUGAUUUACUUUCUCUUAACAAUAGAUGGAUGGAUACCUUUGAAUUUUUUGAA